CCCUUAAAGGACCCCCCCAUCUUCCCGCCCUCCUCCCCUGCCCCAGAUGGUUCUCCCUUUCCCCUCUCUCCUCAUCCAUUCCUUAAAGGGCCAGGACACUAAAAACCCCAGACCAAAGAAGUCCUUCCCCCACCCCGUCGCAGGGAGAAACUGAGGUCACCUGGCUCUUGCGGGCCGGCCCGGCUCCAGGCGUCUACGUCCGUCCCACUAAUGGUCUGGUCCCUCCGGCCACAGGGCGGAUGGAAGGACUUCGAUUUUGCCCAGGACGCGCCUCCGCCAAGGCCGGGUCCAUUAGCUCAGGCACCGCAUCCUGCCCUCCCUCCCCCAGAAUCUCCGCUGGGAAACUGAGGACGGGCCGUCCUUGGGGCGCCCGGCCCAGGCCUUUCCCCGGCUGCCAUCCAGUUCGUGCUUGCACCUGCCGGUUUUCCAGUCUCACCCACGAAGGGCGACAGCGGGACACUGCCGUGCGGCGAUUGGCUCGUCAGUAGGCGGGCUUGGGGGCGUCAGAGGCGGAGUCGGGGAAGGCGGUGGCUCCAGAGAUGGCAGUGAGCGAGAGGAGGGGGCUCGGCCGCGGGAGUCCCGCGGAGUGGGGGCCGCGGCUACUUCUGCUGCUGCUGCUGGGCGGCUGCUCUGGGCGCAUCCACCGGCUGGUGCUGACGGGGGAGAAGCGAGCAGACAUUCCGCUCAACAGCUUCGGCUUCUACACGAAUGGCUCCCUGGAGGUGGAGCUGAGCCUCCUGCGGCUGGGCCUCCAGGAGAAAGAAGAGAAGUCCCUGCUGAUGGGGUUCAGCCUGAGCCGGGUCCAGUCUGGCAGCUCACGAUCCUACUCAACCCGGGAUUUUCGCGACUGCCCUUUCCAGAAAAACAGUAGCAACUUCCUGGUCCUCUUCCUCAUCAACACCAAGGAUCAGCAGGUCCAGGUGCGGCAGUAUGGGGAGCAGAAGAAGUUACUCAUCUCUCCCGGGCUCCUGCCCGACCUGCCCUCUGAACCAGGGCUCCCGAAGCCCGGGCCCACGGCCACCCCCAAGGUGGACAGCGGGGCCAUCGCGGUCAACAAGGCCAAGCCACAGCCUGCCGUGUCUCAGGGCCCCGGCAGGAAGGGCAAGGAGCUGGUGUUGGGUCUGGGCCACCUCAACAACUCCUACAACUUCAGCUUCCACGUGGUGAUCGGCUCUAGGGCGGAGGAGGGCCAGUACAACCUCAACUUCCACAACUGCAACAACUCGGUUCCGGGCAAGGAGCAUCCGUUCGACAUCACGGUGAUGAUCCGGGAGAAGAACCCCGAGGGCUUCCUGUCGGCCGCAGAGAUUCCCCUUUUCAAGCUCUACAUGGUCAUGUCCGCCUGCUUCCUGGCCGCCGGCAUCUUCUGGGUGUCGGUCCUCUGCAGGAACACGUACAACGUGUUCAAGAUCCACUGGCUCAUGGCGGCCUUGGCCUUCACCAAGAGCAUCUCCCUGCUCUUCCACAGCAUCAACUACUACUUCAUCAACAGCCAGGGCCACCCCAUCGAGGGCCUGGCGGUCAUGCACUACAUCACGCACCUGCUGAAGGGCGCCCUCCUCUUCAUCACCAUCGCUUUGAUCGGCUCCGGCUGGGCCUUCGUCAAGUAUGUCCUGUCCGAUAAGGAGAAGAAGAUUUUUGGGAUCGUCAUCCCCCUGCAGGUGCUGGCCAACGUGGCCUACAUCGUCAUCGAGUCCCGCGAGGAGGGCGCCAGCGACUACGGGCUCUGGAAGGAGAUCCUGUUCCUGGUGGACCUCAUCUGCUGUGGCGCCAUCCUCUUCCCCGUGGUCUGGUCCAUCCGGCAUCUCCAGGAGGCGUCUGGCACAGACGGGAAGGUGGCCGUGAACCUGGCCAAGCUGAAGCUGUUCCGGCAUUACUACGUCAUGGUCAUCUGUUACGUCUACUUCACUCGCAUCAUCGCCAUCCUGCUGCGCGUGGCCGUGCCCUUCCAGUGGCAGUGGCUGUACCAGCUCUUGGUGGAGGGCUCCACGCUCGCCUUCUUCGUGCUCACGGGCUACAAGUUCCAGCCCGCGGGGGACAACCCGUACUUGCAGCUGCCGCAGGAGGAUGAGGAGGAUGUCCAGAUGGAGCAAGUAAUGACCGACUCUGGGUUCCGGGAAGGCCUGUCCAAAGUCAACAAGACAGCCAGCGCGCGGGAACUGUUGUGAUCAUCUGCACAUCUGGGACCAGAUGGUCCCCCUCCCCCACGCCGCCGCUUCGCACCCCUGCCUCUCCCCUAAAGUGUGUGUCGGGAGGGGCAGGGGACCUGUGCAGGGGAGGCGCCCGGCUCCCUGGGACCCGGGUUCGGAAGAAGACAGACCGGCCCUUCUUCCCCUCCUGAGCAUCGGGCAGCUGUGUCUUCAUCCGGUACCACCCCGCACCUCCAGCUGUACAAUAAUGACAAUCUGUUUUGCUACCA